ACUCCGUAUAUUAAUUGCGCCAAUAUACAGAACGUCAGCAGUUCUUUAUAGAGAUACACUCCGUAUAUUAAUUGCGCCAAUAUACAAUCCCUAAUAGGCGGGGAUCCCCUGCGCAAACAUACGGACGCUCUGAUAUAGAUUCAGGAAGGGAGAGUAAAAGUCGUAGAUGGCAGAUUCAACUGAAGAAUUUGAACCCCUUUUUGAUUACUCACGCGUUCAGCCCUCUAAUGUUAUUAGCCUCGACGAUGAUAGCACGGAUGAAUCCCCAGUAUUCUGCGCCAAGAAGCGGAAAACUGCAGACGCUGAUGUCGAAAAGAAAAAGAAGGUUGUGAACGGGAAAGAUAUCGAGGUGAUUGAUUGCGACAGUAAAGUAGAUGAAGAAGAGGAUUGGCUACCCCCUGCACCAAAGAAUUCAAGAAAUACUGAGAAGAUACUUGACGAGGACUCUACUUUAAAGGCGCUGCGGUUAAAAAAGCUGGAGUUGGCAUCAUUGGCGCAUUCCGCUCAGGAAGUUUUGCAAGCUGUUGAAGAGUCUGUAAGGAAAGAUCUCAGUGCAUCAUUACAGUCUUCUCUGGAGAAUGAAGCUGAGAAGCCACAGAAUCCUCUUCCUGAGAGAGCAAAAGUAGUUAUCUCCAUUCAAAACAAGGAUGAACUUAAACAAUUUCGUGUUUACACGGAUGAUAAAUUUGAACGACUCUUCAAGAUGUAUGCUGACAAAGCUAAGCUUGAUGUUAAACAAUUAGUUUUCUGCUUUGAUGGAGAUAAAAUAAGUCCAGCAGAGACUCCCAGUAGCCUUGGGAUGGAGGACGAUGACAUCAUUGAAGUGCAUGUGAAGUCGAACUAAUCUAGGUAAAAAUGGGAUUUCCUUGAUGGCUAUGCUAGUUAUGUUUUUGCAGCAUCCCUGCAUUUCAUUCUUCUGUUACGGUUGUAUAUUUCUUUAAUGGGAAACCUUAUAGCCACAAAAUAAUGCUUAAUCCUUCUCUGGAAUGGGUGUAAACUACCACACAAUUAUGAGCAUAUAUCCUCACUGUUUUACGGAAUUGAAAGAUGAAUUUCAUUAAA